AUGGAGGGGAUCAUUCGGCUCGCUGCGGGGCGCUCCGUGGCGUUGGCGCGUCGCAGCGCGCACUGGAGACAGAUGAGCGCGCGCGUGCGCUCGCGGACCGGCGCCACGCAGACCCUCGCCCAACGCGCCGACCAUCCUGAGAGGCUUCCGGCGCCGCGGGCCUACGCCACUUCGGGCGAGCUGUCGCCGCAGCAGAGCAACCAGGCGGACAGGUACUACGCGUCUUUCACUGUCUACAAGGGCAAGGCGGCGAUGUCGAUGAACCCCAUCAAGCCCACGUGGAUCCCCGUCGACGCGCCCAACUCGGAGCUCAGGGCGAUGCGCCGCGCCCGCACGGGCGCCCUGUUCCUCGAGUUCGCCCCCUCCGUCGGUCAAAUGGGGAGCCCUGGCGGCGGCACGGCGUACGACUGGUCGCGCAAGGUGACCUUCGCGCUGAGCCCGACCGAGCUCGGCGACCUCGUCGAGCUGCACCCGGGCGAGUCGCUCUCCUUCACCCACGACCCUGGCGCGGGCACCGCGGCGAGCGGGCAGGUGUACAAGACGCUGGCGAUCACGCCGAUGGAGAAGUCCGGGUACUUCUUCUCCCUGAGCGUCAAGGAGGCCGGCGCGGCGGCGCCCACGCGCAUGUCGGUGCCCGUGGCCGUGGGCGAGAUGGGCGUGGUGCGCAGCGUGGCUCGGUACCUCAUCCCGCGGCUGCUGGGGCUGGACGAGGCGCUCGGGGCGCCCGACGGCGGGGCGGCGAACGGCGCCGGCGGCGCGUACGACGUCCCGGGGGGGCCCUCGCCGCCGGGCGGGUACUACCAGUACUGA